GUCACGUACUGUUAGACAGCCACCAGUUGGCUAACGACAGCGCUGGAGAGAAGCUAACAGAAACCGGGUGUAGCACUUCUUCCCCCUCCAGCCCAGCGGUCAGAGACGCAGCUAACACAGAAUACUGCACGGCGUUUGAAAACAAACUUAGGAGGGAAGUGAGUUUAACGUAGGACGACGUGACGCCCGUGGAUCAAAGGCAGCUUUGUUUCGAACGUAGGUUGAGCUCGUCUGGUCGGUUAGCUUGCUAAGCUAACUGGAGAAGGAAGAAAGAAGGCCGCCGAGUUGACCUCGCGUCACACAUUUAUAAUAAGCAGUGAAUCAUCAUCCUGGCAUAUCAAAGUUUACCUUCUUCUUGCCCCCGUUUGGAUUGGAAAAGCGUCGACUUGAACCCAGAGAAGAAUGGCUCUGAAGAGGAUCCACAAGGAGCUCAAUGAUCUGUCUCGUGACCCUCCAUCACAGUGCUCCGCCGGCCCAGUUGGUGAUGACAUGUUUCACUGGCAAGCCACAAUCAUGGGGCCUAAUGACAGUCCGUAUCAGGGAGGCGUUUUCUUCUUGACAAUUCAUUUUCCAACAGACUACCCCUUCAAACCACCCAAGGUUGCAUUUACAACGAGAAUUUACCACCCAAAUAUUAACAGUAACGGCAGUAUCUGUCUGGAUAUUCUCAGAUCUCAGUGGUCUCCUGCACUUACUAUUUCUAAAGUUCUUCUCUCCAUUUGCUCACUCCUAUGUGACCCAAACCCUGAUGACCCACUAGUGCCAGAGAUUGCACGAAUCUACAAAACAGAUAAUCUGAAGUACAAUAAACUAGCUCAGGAGUGGACAGCGAAGUAUGCCAUGCUUUAGGAUACACCAGACUGGCAAAAGAAUGGACAUCAAAAUAUGCAAUGUAAUGGCGUCGUGUGGAAAAUCUGGUCGACAAUGUUGCUGAUUUAAACUCAAAAUUCCUGGAUUCUGUUUUUUUUUAUUUGUUAAUCGGAGCAUUUUACCCCGACUCUUUUGUGUGCUCAUAAGAAGAUAGUGUUCUCUCUAGGACACAUGACACUUUCUGUCAGGUUUCUAUUCCCUUUUUGUUUGGACAUUAAAAGAAAAAACAGAGUCAAUAUGGUUCUAACCACAUGGUUUUGAGCAUGCACCAGUGACCAUUUUUUAUUUGUUAGCCCAGAAUUGGUGAUGUUGGUCAUUUACUCUACACACACUUUGUUCUUGUGAACAGAAAGUCAACCCUAUGACGAUCCACUGGCUUGAUUCUCUUCUCCUGUUCGGUCCUGGCUUAGAUUCCAGAAAUUCUCCAUUUUUAAAAUUGGCAAACCAAUGUUGAAAGAGGUCAAAUUAGAAUCUUUCCUUAGAGUAUGUGUUAAAGUGGUUCCUGGACUGUUGUGGGAUUUCUUACCUGAAGAAAGAAGUGUAUCUUCUUCCACUCAUGGUCAAAGUGUGUGUACAGGAAGCACAACAGUAUAUAUAAAUGUUAAGGAAACAACAUAUAAGAACUUCAUUGUUGUAUUUUAUGCAUGAUAAUAUCUGAUGUUUCUGCAAAUUCAAUGGAUUGUGAGGCUGAGCAGCUGGAGAAAUUUGGUUUCUAUUUUUCUUUGUCUUAGAAGCCAGUAGAAUGAGCAGACUUGAACACUGUCUUCUUGUAGCCCUUAAAUAUCAAUGCAAAGCUAAUGGUUGAUAAUCAACUUGUGGCCCUGUUUCUUUUUAGUUUUCCCUCCAAUAAAGAAGUUACUUAAACUAAAA